AUGAGUGAAGACCAAAAUUUAAUGGCCCGGAUCGGCCAUCUUGCCGGUCAGAUCAACCAGCAUAAGAAUCAGCUUGCAGCACCUUCGCGAGGCGUAUACUCUGGCGGCUCCUCCUAUGAUACCCAUGGCGGUCAUCACAGAGGUUACUCAGGCUGGGCUCCAUAUCGUGGUCGUGGUAGACCGGCCUCAAGACGCCCUAUCGGGCCGCAUCGACACCGGACUCUUGUGCUCAAUAACUCGAUCACCACCCCUGACACCACUAGCACUGCCCCAUCUGCCAGCAUAUCUAAUGACGAAAAGGGGGAUCCAAAGACUCCGCAGCAAAAUGGAUGGGUAGCGAAACGCGAUCGCCACAUGCAGCUCAUUAACACCGCUAUAUAUGACCAGGAAGCCCAGGCUAGGGCAAAGGCCAUCGAAGAAACGCGUAAAAUAAAAGCGCAAAAGCGGGCUGAACGAGAUAAAACAAAGGUUUUACAGUUUGCACAACAUGCCGGUGGCCUAGUGUCCGCGCCCGACGCGCGCGUUGCUACUGCAGGAGCCAAUUCGUACAGGAUUGUUGUGCAAGACAUUCCAUUUCAAAUUACAAAAGGGGGAAGCAAACUGAUUAGACUAUCCAGUGAGGGUGAUCCUGGGUUUGAAGGCGAUUUAAGAGCUGGCUUACCGUUAAUAGACGAUCCCUCAACCGCGAGUACAACUCCGAAGAAAGUAACCGUGGGUGGCGUGAUAUUCGUCAGAAGUAAAAAUGGGAAUCUGCAUCGACUAGGAGCAGUUGUGUCGAAGAAGAAAAAUGGAGUGGUUAGAAAAAAGAAUGAGCUGUGCCAGAGGUUUACUGCGACGGGUACUCUAUCACUCUCCCUCCGAGACGCUUAUUCCCUGACGGCUCUACGCCCUUCGAAAAUUGGAACAGUUCCUGCUACAAGGGCCCCAGGUGCCCCUACACCCACGACCCCAACAAAGUUGCCAUAUGCAGAGAAUUUCUCCAAACAGGUAAAUGCAAUGCCGGCCUUGCAUGCGAUCUCUCGCAUGAACCUUCCCCAGAAAGAUCGCCAGCUUGUAUGCAUUUCAUCCGCGGCCGCUGCUCCAACCCCGCCUGUCGAUACGCGCACAUACGCGUCACCCCUGGAGCACCCGUCUGCCGUGACUUUGCGAUUCUGGGAUUCUGCAGCAAAGGCGCAGAGUGCCUGGAACGCCAUGUGCACGAGUGUCCGGACUAUGCGAACACGGGCAAGUGCGGCAAGCAGAAAGCCUACCGAUAUGGAAGGCGUAGAGAACGACGAGGAGGAUAUCUCGAGUGAGGAAGAUGUGUAUGACGAGAUUGAUUCCGAUGAUGUGGACUCGGAUGAACUGGAAGAUGACGAGUCUGAAGAGAUUAUCCCUGAUACUGUUUCUGGUGUAGAGCUUACAGAGCAACAGGACUUUGUCAGGUUCUAG